GCAGCUAUCUCAAUUUUUCUCACUUAAUCUUGGCUGCACGUCAGAAGCUGUGCAGCAGUGCAGCAGAAUAGGGCCUGGCAAAACCUUUGCGAGCAAAGCGCCUUUUAUGCUGGGACUGUGGCUCACUAUCGACACCUAGUCCAUUUCCAAGGCUGGAUUUCCUAUUGAUUUUCCUCCUCCUUUGCUUCCCCAGGCUCGCGCGGCCGGACAUUGUGGGUGUGCGUGCUGGAUUUCUCCCGGAUGCUCCCCGACUAACAUGGAUGUCCCACCAUCCCUUGCAGUGGAAGGUUGCUCCUUGGCGCAGUGAAUGAAGAACAUGCAGCGAUUGCUAAUGGGUUUGGGAAGCGGAGACUCCUUCCUCUCUCUGUGACCAUGCCUUGAUCGUGUCUGCGGCCAGCACUCGACGCAUCCUCAUUCCUGCCCGAACCGGGAGCCUAACGCUAGAUCGGGGAAGUGGGUGCCGCGCGUGUGGGCACAGAAACACCAUGAAGAUUAUUUCCCUGCUUCUAAGUAAUCCAGUCUUCAAGCGCACCAUUAGACUCCUGCUCUGUUUACUGUGGAUUGGAUAUUCUCAAGGAACCACACAUGUAUUAAGAUUUGGUGGUAUUUUUGAAUAUGUGGAAUCUGGCCCAAUGGGAGCUGAGGAACUCGCAUUUAGAUUUGCUGUGAACACAAUCAACAGAAACAGAACCUUGCUGCCAAAUACUACGUUAACCUAUGACACCCAAAAGAUAAACCUCUAUGACAGUUUUGAAGCAUCCAAGAAAGCCUGUGAUCAGCUGUCUCUUGGUGUGGCUGCCAUCUUCGGGCCUUCACACAGCUCUUCAGCAAAUGCAGUACAGUCCAUCUGCAAUGCUCUGGGUGUUCCUCACAUACAGACCCGCUGGAAGCACCAGGUGUCAGACAACAAAGAUUCCUUCUAUGUCAGUCUCUACCCAGACUUCUCCUCACUCAGCCGUGCCAUUUUAGACCUGGUGCAGUUUUUCAAGUGGAAAACAGUCACAGUUGUAUAUGAUGACAGCACUGGUCUCAUUCGUUUGCAAGAGCUCAUCAAAGCUCCAUCAAGGUACAACCUUCGACUUAAAAUCCGUCAACUACCUGCUGACACGAAGGAUUCAAAACCCUUACUGAAAGAAAUGAAAAGAGGCAAAGAGUUCCAUGUGAUCUUUGACUGUAGCCAUGAAAUGGCAGCAGGCAUUUUAAAACAGGCAUUAGCUAUGGGAAUGAUGACAGAAUACUAUCAUUAUAUCUUUACCACACUGGACCUCUUUGCUCUUGAUGUAGAGCCCUACAGAUACAGUGGUGUUAAUAUGACCGGGUUCAGAAUACUAAAUACAGAAAACACCCAAGUCUCUUCCAUCAUUGAAAAGUGGUCUAUGGAACGGUUGCAGGCACCUCCGAAACCUGAUUCAGGUUUGCUGGAUGGAUUUAUGACG